AUGUCUUUCAAUCCCACCUACUUCAUUCGCAGUGCUUCUCCCUACUUUUCUCCAUACUCUAGUAGCUUCGGCAGCUUCAGCAGCUCCUCGACUAGCGAAUCGCUUAGUCUCCUCGAUGAGCCCGAGAGAUCUAUCGAGCAUCUCAAUCAACUCCCCAGAUCGGAGCCUUCUGAGAAAGCAGCUUCGCCUCCACGUCGCUUCGUUCUUCCAGACACUGCGGUCACUACCGCUACACCAAUGACCCCUCUCCUCCCUCCCUACCAACCUCUCGAGAAAGGCAGCGCAGAGACCACCACACUUCAACCACCAAAGCAUUUCGCUGGAGAGGUCACCAAUCCCACCAGCCAAGACCACUCAGCACUCCGCACUCAAGCUCCUAUCGCCAUAACCCUAACUUCUCCCUACGAUUUUUACUACCCCUCUCAACCCCCCACCCCAUUUCCUCUCACCCUCGACCCCAAACUAUUCAUCACUCUCCAGCCACACAACUACCCAGAGCUCAUUCUCCCCCAACUUCGCGAUCUUAUCCUCAACAUCGAGUAUACAAUGGAUACACACUUGAUGAGACAACUCCCCAACAUACGCUCCCUCCUCCGCUUCCUCUCCUCCUUCCCUGACUUCGGCCUCAUAACCACUAACCUCCCUGCGUUCCAAGCACAGAUAGGAACUCACUUCACCACCGCUGACACACGGGAAGAACAGUAUUUCGCCGUCAAGCCCGAGCCGGAAUUAAAAAUGAUCUUAAGAAUCUUCGAUGAGCGCUACACUGAUAAGUUUCCCCGUCGAGCAGCCUGUCUUAUUUAUCCAGAUGACUUUGAGCAUCAACCUGCUGGAGAAAAGGAUACUGAGGAACCGGCUUGUCGCUUUCCGGAUCCGGAUAAAGGGGGUGUGGAUAUGGAUACCGGGGCUUCUGCGCUGGUUUAUAGACAGGGAUGGGGUGGGAAGACGAAGUAUGUUGUCACUGCUUCUUUUGCGGGGGAUGUGGGAGUACAGUAUCCAGAGUAUCACUUUUGA